UUCAGAUCUUCAAAAUGUUUCUUAACAGAUCAGAAUAUGACCGUGGACCAAAUACAUUCUCUCCGGAGGGACGUCUCUUCCAGGUCGAAUACGCUAUUGAAGCGAUUAAGCUUGGAUCCACAGCUAUUGGAAUCCAGACCUCAGAGGGUGUUAUCCUCGCAGUUGAGAAGAGGAUAACCUCACCUCUCAUGGAACCAACCUCUAUAGAGAAGAUUGUAGAGAUAGAUCGACAUAUUGCCUGUGCGUUCUCUGGACUAACUGCAGACUCUAAAACCCUUAUCGAUAAAGCCAGAGUUGAGAGUCAGAACCAUUGGUUCACAUACAACGAGCAGAUGAAGGUUGAGAGUGUAGCUGCUGCUGUGUCGAACCUCGCAAUCCAGUUUGGUGACAGCGACGACGAUGCUGGUGUUAUGUCACGGCCUUUUGGUGUCGCCAUGCUCUUCGCAGGACAUGAUGAGAUGGGAGCACAUCUCUACCACAUGGAUCCUAGCGGAACUUAUCUGAAAUUCGACGCCAAAGCAAUCGGAUCCGGUAGUGAGGGUGCUCAACAAUCCCUCCAGGAAAGCUAUGAUAAAUCAAUGACCAUGAAGGAAGCAACUAAAACUGCUUUCACGAUUCUAAAACAGGUGAUGGAGGAGAAGUUGAAUGAGACUAAUGUAGAGGCUGCUCGUGUAUCCCCUGAUGGUGGUUUCCAGCUCAUUAAGGGAGCCGAACUUGAGGAUAUUAUCAAGGAGCUGGCUUGAUCGGUCAAACUUCAGAAGUCAUGAAGCGCGGUGUGAUCAAUAAUCAUCUUAAAAAUUCAUUGUAACUCUUUCUUUUUUAUAAUAAAAACACCAGUUCUAAACUCGUCGAGAAUAACUUGAUGUAGCUCUAAAACUAUUUAUUAGAGACUAAUGGAGGUUAAACAGUACUUGUUUAUUUUUUGUCGCCCCUUAUUUAACCUCUAUAGUCGAGUUUUGAACACACCAAUUUCAGA